AUGAAUGGUGUAGUCCUCGUAAAGUUGAUAGUUAAUCUAUAUUAGUUUGAUAUUAGGAGGAGAAAUUUGAAUUUUGGAUCAGGGAGAGAGAUUGAGAGAGAGAGAGAGAGAGACAGAGAGAGAGAGAGAGAGAGAGAGAGAUAAAUCCUGUUGGUAUAGAGUGGAAGAGAGAAGGAUAGAUGAAACGUAAAGGAUUAAGUACAAAAAGCUGUACGUGUUGAGGGAGAUGCUAUAGAAUAAAAGAGAGACAAGAUGAAAAAGUGGCAAGAUACAACACACUGUAGAAAGUAAAAAGAAUAAAAAAAAGAAAGGUAAAGCCUUACAUAACAGUGAAGGGGUUCUAUGUAACAUGGCAUGAGAGAAAAGCAGAACGAGAAAGGAUAAAUAAAUGCAGGAGUUAGCUUCAUUGGAAAAGAAUUACGGAGCGAGGAAAGUGAAAGACAAAGCAAAUUAGAUUAAAUAAUAAAUACUUAUGAAGAUAUAAGCAAUAAUGAAAUAGACAGAUUUAAAAAGAGAUAUAGAUAGUGGAUGAGAAAAAGAGUGUGAGAGAGAGACUAGAAUAGAAAGUAUGAAAGAUAGAGAGAGACGAGAAUAGAAAGUAUGAAAGAUAGAGAGAGAAAGAAAGAGUGAGAGAGAGAGCGAGCCGGACAGACAGACAGAGAAUGUUGUGAGGAACGGGAGAGCGAGAGGGUGAGAUAUUAAGAACAGUGAACAGUCGUCAUUCACAAAUUUUCAAUGGACGGACAUACAACGUCUGAUUAUAACUCAACCGUCGAACCGUUUGAUUUAGAAAUUGGAGGACUAUGUACCAUUUUUGAGGAAAAUCCACACUAUUGUGAUAUUAUAAUUGCUGUCCGACGGGCGACUGCUUGCAUUUCACUGAUAGGAUGUUUAUUUAUGAUUUCAGUAAUGUGGCUGUUUCGACGUUAUCUGGCAUUAGCCCAGAGACUUAUACUUUAUCUUAGUAUUGGAGCAUUAUUGGACUGUGUAGCCUACCUAAUGGGUGGCUUGCAUCCAGAUGGACCACUUUGUAAUUUUCAAGGAUUUUGGCUGACAUAUUUUGACUGGACAGUAUUGUUAUGGGUGAGCUGUAUAACUUUCAAUUUAUAUAUGAAUGUGGUUCGAGCAACAGAAACUGAAAAGUUUGAAUGUUGCAGCUGGAUCGUUGAAAACUGGAAGUGGAGAGUUGGCAUCUGGUAUGGACCAUUAUUUGCAAUUAUUGCCCUCCUGUUUGUCACCUACAUCUAUAUUGUGAUCACUCUUUCAAGAAAGGCAUCAACUUGGGAAGGCACUUAUGAUCCUGACACUGAAAGGAAUAAGCAAAUGCUGAAAGAAGACAUAAAGCCUUUAAGGGGCUAUCCCUUUGUUUACUUAGCAGUUUCCAUUUUUCCAUUGGUGAAUAGAAUUCAAAAUGCCAUCAGCAGUGGGAAUCCUGUUUUUACAUUAGUUCUACUUGCAUCAAUCUCCAGUCCUUUACAUGGUGCUCUAAAUGCUAUUGUGUUUGGAAUGGACAGAAGCAUAUUUCAACAACUUACACCUUCACAAAUAAAGGUAGCUGUUCAGAGCCAUUUUUAUCGAGGCCAAGAGAUUCGAGAAUACCCAGUUACUUAUCGAUCGAGUGAUAUAUAUGGACACACAAGUCAAGAUUUUCAAGUACCACGAUAUAAUCAUGUGUCUUAUUCAAAACUCUGCUAAUUUUAGCAUAUUUCUGUAAAACAGUUCACUCACUAUAUGCUGUGAUGUUAAUACAUUCCCUAAACAUGGAUUUGUUUGAGGACAGGAGAGUCUCACAGUAUAACUUGAAUUUGAUUACCCAUUAUGUGUGUGUGUUUGGCUGGGGCUGUAUAUAUGUAUGAAUGAAUGUCUAUGUAUGUGUAUAUGUGUGUGUAUAUAUGUAUAUAUAUAUAUAUACACAUACAUACAUUUGUGUAUAUGUGUGUAUG